GCCUCGCCGAAAAUAUCAACUGGGGUUUCUAAAAACACCGUUUUGUUGCCACAGCGACAAGUGUUGAGCCGUGAGUUAAACAAUAUAUGGGCCAAAUCCUCUAUGUCCUUCAUUUUAAACACCGCUCAACCCCGCUAGUCACAGCUGUUCCAUAUUUUCGCGCCAGCAAUCGGCUGGAACAUUCUGACUUCCGUUCAAGAUUUCUUUGUUUUCAAACAGCCAAUCAAAAAAAAUGCGAAAAUCCUAUGUCCUCAGAGCCCUUCGAUUCUCGUGCCAAGGCCCUGCCGGCUAAGAGGAGCGAAAAGGGCUAUGGGAUCGAGAAUGGCGUGACGCAACAAGUCCCUUUCCCUCGCGUGAUCGCCAGUUAUAGUUUGUCAUGCAAUGGCCCGUUUUACACUGUGUUUGUAUCAAUGAAAUUGUGAAAAGACGUGGUAGGUCUUAGAUGCAAAAUGAAGGCUGUUAUCGAAGCAAACAAUCGAUUCAUCGCGGAUCUCCACAAAAUUCUCAGAAACGACGAACAGUUUAAAGACCAAAACCUGUUUUAUUCGCCGAGCAGUUUGAGCACUGCACUUGCGAUGACUUCAAUGGGGACAAGAGGAAACACAGCUGUGCAGAUGGCCAAGGCACUACACUGGGAAGGAAUGUCUAAGUAUCAACUUCGAAGCGAAGAACAAGACUUUCUCGAUGCCCUCCUAGAAAUCAACACUGCUAGCAGCGAACUGCUAACUGCAAAUCGACUUUUCUUGCAAAAGAAUUUUAGCCUGGUACAAGAGUUUGUUGAGGGGACGAAAACAUUUUUCCACGCUGAAAUAGCCUUGGUUGAUUACCAGACAGAUCCAGAUAGCGCUAAGAAAGAAGUGAACGACUGGGUCGAGGAGAAAACGAAGCAGAAAAUUAAGAAUCUGAUUGCUGAGAAAGUAUUUAACGCACACACUCGGCUAACCUUGGUGAAUGCAAUCUACUUCAAGGGAUUUUGGCAAAACCAGUUCGAUCAACAGGCGACUUUCAAACAGCAUUUCGUCGUCUCAGAAAGUGAGAAGACUGAUGUACAGAUGAUGCACCUUAUGAAAGAUUUCAGGCACGUUGACGAUAGCAGGGUCCUAGCUUGUCAGAUCCUUGAGAUGCCUUACCGAGGAGAAGAUCUUUCCAUGGUCAUCCUGCUGCCUCAUGAUACCCAUGGACUGGCCAAGUUGGAGGAAAGCCUCACCCAUGAAAGAUUACAACAGGCUUUUGCAUCUGUAUCACAGUCACACCCACAAAAGGUAGAUGUGUCCCUUCCAAGAUUCAAGCUGAUUCAGCAGUUUGCAGUCAAUGACGUUCUUGCAAACAUGGGAGUAACAGACAUGUUUGAUGAGUUGAAGGCUGAUUUCUCUGGCAUGACACCAGGUCCUGAGAAGCUCCAUGUGUCCCAUGUCAUCCACAAGGCAUUUGUAGAAGUGAAUGAGAAGGGCGCAGAAGCUGCAGCAGCCACAGCAGUGGUCAUGAUGGCUCCAACAGGCUUUGUGAGAAAUCCAAUUUUUUGUGCUGAUCAUCCAUUUCUGUUCAUGAUUUGUCUUAAGAAGUCCAGUGCUAUUUUGUUCAUGGGUCGGGUAGUGAAACUAUAGAAUUGUCAUAAGCAACUAUAAGAGACAACAUCAUUGUAGGGGGUGCUAGGUAGGGGUUGAGGAUACUUCCCAUUUACAAGCUUUAUAAGUGGAAAAGUGAAAAAAAAAAAAAAGUUUUGUAGGUGCAUGUCAAGCAGGGGUGUAUACUCACCAUAAUGCACUAUAGGGGGAGACUCCAUGCACCCAAAGUGAUCCUUUUUCAGGCUGGGAGGUACAUAUAUUAAGCAAUUAGAAUAUGAGCCCCAGAUUUCUAUCAUGCAUAGAAAUCGAGAGU